CGCUGUCGGUUCCCCCAGUCACCGAGCGAGAGGGAAGAAACAAGAUGGCGGCUGAAGGCGAUCCGGAGUGGGGCCCCAGCAAUUCGGAUUGAGCCUUCUCCCUCCACCCGCUUCCGUCGGCCGGGCCCCUCCCGCCCGGCCCCGCGGGCCUCCCCACCCGGCCCCGGCGCUCCCCACCGCCCCCCCUGCGCCCGCCCCUCCCCCUUCGCUUUCCUUCUCCCCCCGCCUCGGCUCCGACAUGAGGGGCCGGCGGGGCAGGCCGCCCAAGCAGCCCGCGGCUCCUGCUGCGGAGCGCUGCGCCCCGGCCCCGCCGCCACCGCCGCCGCCGCCCACGUCCGGACCCAUCGGGGGGCUCCGCUCGCGGCACCGCGGCAGCAGCCGGGGCAGGUGGGCCGCCGCCCAGGCUGAGGUGGCGCCCAAGACGCGGCUGAGCUCGCCCAGGGGGGGCAGCAGUAGCCGGAGGAAGCCGCCGCCGCCGCCGCCGGCCCCCCCCAGCACCAGCGCCCCGGGCCGGGGGGGGCGAGGAGGCGGGGGCGGCAGGACGGGGGGCGGGGGCGGCGGCGGCCACCUGGCCCGGACCACCGCGGCCCGGAGGGCCGUCAACAAAGUGGUGUACGAUGACCACGAGAGCGAGGAGGAGGAGGAAGAGGAGGACAUGGUCUCCGAGGAGGAGGAGGAGGAGGACGGCGACGCCGAGGAGACCCAGGAUUCUGAGGACGACGAGGAGGAUGAGAUGGAAGAGGACGACGAUGACUCCGAUUAUCCGGAGGAGAUGGAAGACGACGACGACGACGCCAGUUACUGCACGGAAAGCAGCUUCAGGAGCCAUAGUACCUACAGCAGCACUCCAGGUAGGCGAAAACCAAGAGUACAUCGGCCUCGUUCUCCUAUAUUGGAAGAAAAAGACAUCCCGCCCCUUGAAUUUCCCAAGUCCUCUGAGGAUUUAAUGGUGCCUAAUGAGCAUAUAAUGAAUGUCAUUGCCAUUUACGAGGUACUGCGGAACUUUGGCACUGUUUUGAGAUUAUCUCCUUUUCGCUUUGAGGACUUUUGUGCAGCUCUGGUGAGCCAAGAGCAGUGCACACUCAUGGCAGAGAUGCACGUUGUGCUUUUGAAAGCAGUUCUGCGUGAAGAAGACACUUCCAAUACUACCUUUGGACCUGCUGAUCUGAAAGAUAGCGUUAAUUCCACACUGUAUUUCAUAGAUGGGAUGACGUGGCCAGAGGUGCUGCGGGUGUACUGUGAGAGUGAUAAGGAGUACCAUCACGUUCUUCCUUACCAAGAGGCAGAGGACUACCCAUAUGGACCAGUAGAGAACAAGAUCAAAGUUCUACAGUUUUUAGUCGAUCAGUUUCUUACAACAAAUAUUGCUCGAGAGGAAUUGAUGUCUGAAGGGGUGAUACAGUAUGAUGACCAUUGUAGGGUUUGUCACAAACUUGGGGAUUUGCUUUGCUGUGAGACAUGUUCAGCAGUAUACCAUUUGGAAUGUGUGAAGCCACCUCUUGAGGAGGUGCCAGAGGACGAGUGGCAGUGUGAAGUCUGUGUAGCACACAAGGUGCCUGGUGUGACUGACUGUGUUGCUGAAAUCCAAAAAAAUAAACCAUAUAUUCGACAUGAACCUAUUGGAUAUGAUAGAAGUCGGAGGAAAUACUGGUUCUUGAACCGAAGACUCAUAAUAGAAGAAGAUACAGAAAAUGAAAAUGAAAAGAAAAUUUGGUAUUACAGCACAAAGGUCCAACUUGCAGAAUUAAUUGACUGUCUAGACAAAGAUUAUUGGGAAGCAGAACUCUGCAAAAUUCUAGAAGAAAUGCGUGAAGAAAUCCACCGACACAUGGACAUAACUGAAGACCUGACCAAUAAGGCUCGGGGCAGUAACAAAUCCUUUCUGGCGGCAGCUAAUGAAGAAAUUUUGGAAUCCAUAAGAGCCAAAAAGGGAGACAUUGAUAAUGUUAAAAGCCCAGAAGAAACAGAAAAAGACAAGAAUGAGACUGAGAAUGACUCUAAAGAUGCUGAGAAAAACAGAGAAGAAUUUGAAGACCAGUCCCUUGAAAAAGACAGUGACGACAAAACACCAGAUGAUGACCCUGAGCAAGGAAAAUCUGAGGAGCCAACAGAAGUUGGGGAUAAAGGUAACUCUGUGUCAGCAAAUCUUGGCGACAACACAACAAAUGCAUCUUCAGAAGAAACUAGUCCCUCUGAAGGGAGGAGCCCUGUGGGGUGUCUCUCAGAAACCCCCGAUAGCAGCAACAUGGCAGAGAAGAAGGUGGCAUCUGAGCUCCCCCAGGAUGUGCCAGAAGAACCUAACAAGACAUGUGAGAGCAGUAACACUAGUGCUACCACUACCUCCAUCCAGCCUAAUCUGGAAAACAGUAACAGCAGCAGUGAACUAAAUUCUUCCCAGAGUGAAUCUGCUAAGGCAGCUGAUGAUCCUGAAAAUGGAGAAAGAGAAUCUCAUACACCUGUCUCUAUUCAGGAAGAGAUAGUAGGUGAUUUCAAAUCGGAGAAGUCCAACGGGGAGCUAAGUGAAUCUCCUGGAGCUGGAAAAGGAGCAUCUGGCUCAACUCGAAUCAUCACCAGAUUGCGGAAUCCAGAUAGCAAACUUAGUCAGCUGAAGAGCCAGCAGGUGGCAGCCGCUGCACAUGAAGCAAAUAAAUUAUUUAAGGAGGGCAAAGAGGUACUGGUAGUUAACUCUCAAGGAGAAAUUUCACGGUUGAGCACCAAAAAGGAAGUGAUCAUGAAAGGAAAUAUCAACAAUUAUUUUAAAUUGGGUCAAGAAGGGAAGUAUCGCGUCUACCACAAUCAAUACUCCACCAAUUCAUUUGCUUUGAAUAAGCACCAGCACAGAGAAGACCAUGAUAAGAGAAGGCAUCUUGCACAUAAGUUCUGUCUGACUCCAGCAGGAGAGUUCAAAUGGAACGGUUCUGUCCAUGGGUCCAAAGUUCUUACCAUAUCUACUCUGAGACUGACUAUCACCCAAUUAGAAAACAACAUCCCUUCAUCCUUUCUUCAUCCCAACUGGGCAUCACAUAGGGCAAAUUGGAUCAAGGCAGUUCAGAUGUGUAGCAAACCCAGAGAAUUUGCAUUGGCUUUAGCCAUUUUGGAGUGUGCAGUUAAACCAGUUGUGAUGCUACCAAUAUGGCGAGAAUCUUUAGGACAUACCAGGUUACACCGGAUGACAUCAAUUGAAAGAGAAGAAAAGGAGAAAGUCAAAAAAAAAGAGAAGAAACAGGAAGAAGAAGAAACGAUGCAGCAAGCGACAUGGGUAAAAUACACAUUUCCAGUUAAGCAUCAGGUUUGGAAACAAAAAGGUGAAGAGUACAGAGUGACAGGAUAUGGUGGUUGGAGCUGGAUUAGUAAAACUCAUGUUUAUAGGUUUGUUCCUAAAUUGCCAGGCAAUACUAAUGUGAAUUACAGAAAGUCGUUAGAAGGAACCAAAAAUAAUAUGGAUGAAAAUAUGGAUGAGUCAGAUAAAAGAAAAUGUUCACGAAGUCCAAAAAAAAUAAAAAUAGAGCCUGAUUCUGAAAAAGAUGAGGUAAAAGGUUCAGAUGCUGCAAAAGGAGCAGACCAAAAUGAAAUGGAUAUCUCAAAGAUUACUGAGAAGAAGGACCAAGAUGUGAAGGAGCUCUUAGAUUCUGACAGUGAUAAACCCUGCAAGGAAGAACCAAUGGAAGUAGACGAUGACAUGAAAACAGAAUCACAUGUAAAUUGUCAGGAGAGUUCUCAAGUAGAUGUGGUCAAUGUUAGUGAGGGUUUUCAUCUAAGGACUAGUUACAAAAAGAAAACAAAAUCAUCCAAACUAGAUGGACUUCUUGAAAGGAGAAUUAAACAGUUUACACUGGAAGAAAAACAGCGACUUGAAAAAAUCAAGUUGGAGGGUGGAAUUAAGGGUAUAGGAAAGACUUCUACAAAUUCUUCAAAAAAUCUCUCUGAAUCACCAGUAAUAACAAAAGCAAAAGAAGGGUGUCAGAGUGACUCGAUGAGACAAGAACAGAGCCCGAAUGCAAAUAAUGAUCAACCUGAGGACUUGAUUCAGGGAUGUUCAGAAAGUGAUUCCUCAGUUCUUAGAAUGAGUGAUCCUAGUCAUACCACAAACAAACUUUAUCCAAAAGAUCGAGUGUUAGAUGAUGUCUCCAUUCGGAGCCCAGAAACAAAAUGUCCGAAACAAAAUUCCAUUGAAAAUGACAUAGAAGAAAAAGUCUCUGACCCUGCCAGUAGAGGCCAGGAACCCAGUAAGAGUAAAACAAAAGGAAAUGAUUUUUUCAUUGAUGACUCUAAACUAGCCAGUGCAGAUGAUAUUGGUACUUUGAUCUGUAAGAACAAAAAACCGCUCAUACAGGAGGAAAGUGACACCAUUGUUUCUUCUUCCAAGAGUGCUUUACAUUCAUCAGUGCCUAAAAGUACCAAUGACAGAGAUGCCACACCUCUGUCAAAAGCAAUGGACUUUGAAGGAAAACUGGGAUGUGACUCUGAAUCUAAUAGCACUUUGGAAAAUAGUUCUGAUACCGUGUCUAUUCAGGAUAGCAGUGAAGAAGAUAUGAUUGUUCAGAAUAGCAAUGAAAGUAUUUCUGAACAGUUCAGAACUCAAGAACAAGAUAUUGAAGGCUUGGAGCCAUUAAAGUGUGAAUUGGUUUCUGAUAAGUCCACUGGAAACUGUGAGGACAGGCUGCCGGUUAAGGUAACUGAAGCAAAUGGUAAAAAACCAAGUCAGCAGAAGAAAUUAGAGGAGAGACCAGUUAAUAAAUGUAGUGAUCAAAUAAAGCUAAAAAAUACCACUGACAAAAAGAAUAAUGAAAAUCGAGAGUCUGAAAAGAAAGGACAGAGAACAGGUACAUUUCAAAUAAAUGGAAAAGAUAAUAAACCCAAAAUAUAUUUGAAAGGUGAAUGCUUGAAAGAAAUUUCUGAGAGUAAAGUAGUAAGUGGUAAUGUUGAACCAAAGGUUAAUAAUAUAAAUAAAAUAAUCCCUGAGAAUGAUAUUAAAUCAUUGACUGUUAAAGAAUCUGCUAUAAGGCCAUUCAUUAAUGGUGAUGUCAUCAUGGAAGAUUUUAAUGAAAGAAACAGCUCCGAAACAAAAUCGCAUUUGCUGAGUUCUUCAGAUGCUGAAGGUAACUACCGAGAUAGCCUUGAGACCCUGCCAUCAACCAAAGAGUCUGACAGUACACAGACGACCACACCUUCAGCAUCUUGUCCAGAAAGCAAUUCAAUUAAUCAGGUAGAAGAUAUGGAAAUAGAAACCUCAGAAGUUAAGAAAGUUACUUCAUCACCUAUUACUUCUGGAGAGGAAUCUAAUCUCAGUAAUGACUUUAUUGAUGAAAAUGGUCUGCCCAUCAACAAAAAUGAAAAUGUCAAUGGAGAAUCUAAAAGAAAAACCGUCAUCACAGAAGUCACCACGAUGACCUCCACAGUGGCCACAGAAUCAAAAACUGUGAUCAAGGUAGAAAAAGGCGAUAAGCAAACUGUGGUUUCUUCCACAGAAAAUUGUGCAAAAUCCACUGUCACAACCACCACUACAACGGUGACCAAGCUUUCCACACCCUCCACAGGCAGCAGUGUGGACAUCAUCUCUGUAAAAGAGCAGAGCAAAACCGUGGUCACCACGACAGUGACAGACUCCCUGACCACCACGGGAGGCACACUGGUUACAUCUAUGACUGUGAGCAAAGAGUAUUCCACACGAGACAAAGUGAAACUGAUGAAAUUUUCAAGACCAAAGAAGACUCGUUCAGGUACAGCUCUGCCAUCCUAUAGAAAAUUUGUUACCAAGAGCAGCAAGAAGAGCAUUUUUGUUUUGCCUAAUGAUGACUUAAAAAAGUUGGCCCGAAAAGGAGGAAUCCGAGAGGUCCCUUAUUUUAAUUACAAUGCAAAACCUGCUUUGGAUAUAUGGCCAUAUCCUUCUCCUAGACCGACCUUUGGCAUCACUUGGAGGUAUAGACUUCAGACAGUAAAGUCCUUAGCUGGAGUGAGCCUGAUGUUACGGUUACUGUGGGCAAGUUUGAGAUGGGAUGACAUGGCGGCCAAGGCUCCUCCAGGAGGAGGGACUACACGGACAGAAACAUCUGAAACUGAAAUCACAACAACAGAAAUAAUUAAGAGGAGAGAUGUUGGUCCUUACGGCAUUCGAUCUGAAUAUUGUAUCAGGAAAAUCAUUUGUCCCAUUGGAGUUCCAGAAACACCAAAAGAAACACCUACACCUCAGAGGAAAGGCCUUCGAUCAAGUGCACUGCGGCCAAAGAGACCAGAAACGCCCAAGCAAACUGGCCCUGUUAUUAUUGAAACCUGGGUAGCAGAAGAAGAACUGGAAUUGUGGGAGAUCAGGGCAUUUGCUGAGAGAGUGGAGAAAGAAAAGGCACAAGCAGUUGAGCAACAGGCUAAGAAACGACUGGAGCAGCAGAAGCCGACAGUGAUUGCAACUUCCACUACUUCCCCAACAAGCAGUACAACCAGUACCAUCUCUCCAGCACAGAAGGUUAUGGUGGCCCCCAUAAGUGGCUCAGUUACAACUGGAACCAAAAUGGUACUAACUACUAAAGUUGGAUCUCCAGCUACAGUAACAUUCCAACAAAACAAGAACUUUCAUCAAACCUUUGCUACGUGGGUUAAGCAAGGCCAGUCAAAUUCAGCCACCAGCACAGCUGCCACAUCUGCUACAACCAUUGCCAGCACAGGUCAGACGUUCCAAAUUACAGGCAAUCCAGUCACUAUGGCAGGAAAAGUAAUUACCAAACUGCCACUUCCUGCAAACAGCAAGAUUGUCGCUGUAAAUGUGCCAGCAACACAAGGAGGCGUUGUUCAAGUACAGCAGAAAGUCCUGGGUAUCAUUCCAUCAAGUACAGGUACCAGUCAGCAAACCUUUACUUCAUUCCAGCCCAGGACAGCAGCAGUCACAAUUAGGCCCAAUACCUCAGGCUCUGGAGGAACCACAAGCAAUUCACAAGUAAUCACAGGGCCUCAGAUUCGCCCUGGUAUGACCGUGAUUAGAACACCACUCCAACAGUCAACACUAGGAAAGGCAAUUAUUCGAACACCUGUGAUGGUACAGCCAGGUGCUCCUCAGCAAGUGAUGACUCAAAUCAUCAGGGGGCAGCCUGUCUCCACUGCAGUCUCCGCCCCUAACACGGUUUCCUCAACACCUGGGCAGAAAAGCUUAACUUCAGCAACGUCCACUUCAAAUAUACAGUCUUCAGCCUCACAACCCCCUCGCCCCCAACAAGGACAAGUGAAGCUCACCAUGGCUCAACUUACUCAGUUAACACAGGGCCACGGUGGCAAUCAAGGUUUGACAGUAGUAAUUCAAGGACAAGGUCAAACUACUGGACAGUUGCAGUUGAUACCUCAAGGGGUGACUGUACUCCCAGGCCCAGGCCAGCAGCUAAUGCAAGCUGCAAUGCCAAAUGGUACUGUUCAGCGAUUCCUCUUUACCCCAUUGGCAACAACAGCCACCACAGCCAGCACCACCACCACCACUGUUUCCACGACAGCAGCAGGUACAGGUGAACAAAGGCAGAGUAAACUGUCACCCCAGAUGCAGGUACAUCAAGACAAAACCCUGCCACCAGCUCAGUCAUCAAGUGUGGGUCCAGCAGAAGCCCAGCCACAGACUGCUCAGCCUUCAGCUCAGCCCCUGCCCCAAACCCAGCCCCAGUCCCCAGCUCAGCCUGAAGUUCAGACUCAGCCUGAAGUUCAGACCCAAACAACUGUUUCAUCCCAUGUCCCUUCUGAAGCACAACCCACCCACGCACAGUCAUCCAAGCCCCAAGUUGCAGCACAGUCUCAGCCUCAAAGUAAUGUCCAAGGACAGUCUCCUGUUCGUGUCCAAAGUCCAUCACAGACUCGAAUACGUCCAUCAACUCCAUCCCAACUGUCUCCUGGACAACAAUCCCAGGUUCAGACUACAACCUCACAACCGAUUCCAAUUCAACCACAUACAUCUCUUCAGAUACCUUCCCAAGGCCAGCCACAGUCACAACCCCAGGUACAGUCUUCAACUCAAACUCUUUCAUCAGGACAAACUUUAAAUCAAGUUACUGUUUCAUCCCCAUCCCGUCCUCAGCUACAAAUACAGCAGCCACAGCCCCAAGUCAUUGCUGUGCCUCAGCUGCAACAACAAGUCCAGGUUCUCUCUCAGAUCCAGUCACAGGUUGUGGCUCAGAUACAGGCUCAGCAAAGUGGUGUGCCCCAGCAAAUCAAACUCCAGUUACCUAUCCAAAUUCAGCAAAGCAGUGCUGUGCAGACUCACCAGAUUCAGAAUGUGGUUACAGUGCAGGCAGCCAGUGUGCAAGAGCAGUUGCAAAGGGUUCAGCAACUCAGGGAUCAGCAGCAAAAGAAGAAACAGCAACAGAUAGAAAUUAAGCGUGAACACACCCUCCAAGCUUCUAAUCAAAGUGAAAUCAUUCAGAAACAGGUGGUGAUGAAGCAUAAUGCUGUAAUAGAACAUUUAAAACAGAAAAAGAGCAUGACUCCAGCUGAAAGAGAAGAGAAUCAAAGAAUGAUUGUCUGUAACCAGGUGAUGAAGUAUAUUUUGGAUAAGAUAGAUAAAGAAGAAAAACAGGCAGCAAAAAAACGGAAGCGUGAAGAGAGUGUGGAGCAGAAACGUAGCAAGCAGAAUGCCACUAAGCUGUCAGCUCUGCUCUUCAAGCACAAAGAGCAGCUCAGAGCCGAGAUCCUGAAGAAGAGAGCACUCCUGGACAAGGAUCUGCAAAUUGAAGUGCAGGAAGAGCUGAAGAGAGACCUGAAAAUUAAGAAAGAAAAAGACCUGAUGCAGGUGGCUCAAGCCACAGCAGUAGCUGCACCCUGCCCCCCAGUGACACCAGCUCCUCCAGCCCCUCCAGCCCCUCCACCUUCACCUCCCCCUCCACCUGCUGUGCAACACACAGGACUUCUGUCCACGCCCACCUUACCUGCUGCUUCCCAGAAGAGGAAGCGGGAAGAGGAAAAAGACUCCAGCUCAAAGUCCAAGAAAAAGAAAAUGAUCUCUACUACCUCAAAGGAAACUAAGAAGGACACAAAGCUUUACUGUAUCUGUAAAACGCCUUAUGAUGAAUCUAAGUUCUAUAUUGGCUGUGAUCUUUGUACUAACUGGUAUCAUGGAGAAUGUGUUGGCAUCACAGAAAAGGAGGCUAAGAAAAUGGAUGUGUACAUCUGUAAUGAUUGUAAACGGGCACAAGAGGGCAGCAGUGAGGAAUUGUACUGUAUCUGCAGAACACCUUAUGAUGAGUCACAAUUUUAUAUUGGCUGUGAUCGGUGUCAGAAUUGGUACCAUGGGCGCUGCGUUGGCAUCUUGCAAAGUGAGGCAGAGCUCAUUGAUGAGUAUGUCUGUCCACAGUGCCAGUCAACAGAGGAUGCCAUGACAGUGCUCACGCCACUAACAGAGAAGGAUUAUGAGGGGUUGAAGAGGGUGCUCCGUUCCUUACAGGCCCAUAAGAUGGCCUGGCCUUUCCUUGAACCAGUAGACCCUAAUGAUGCACCAGAUUAUUAUGGUGUUAUUAAGGAACCUAUGGACCUUGCCACCAUGGAAGAAAGAGUACAAAGACGAUAUUAUGAAAAGCUGACGGAAUUUGUGGCAGAUAUGACCAAAAUUUUUGAUAACUGUCGUUACUACAAUCCAAGUGACUCCCCAUUUUACCAGUGUGCAGAAGUUCUCGAAUCAUUCUUUGUACAGAAAUUGAAAGGCUUCAAAGCUAGCAGGCCUUUGGUGGUAACUGUGAGGUAGAAGCCAAGGAGUGUGAAUCCUACCCUGCUGCCAGCUUGCCGGCAGAGCCCAGAGGAUGACUGCUGGCAACUGCUGAUGAAGGAGAGGAAAUUGCCUGGAGGUCCUGGGGCCUGUAGGCAAGACAAAGGGAAUUGGUAAAGGAGAGAUGGAGGCCUAGGCUGGGCCUGCACAGUGAAGGGGCCACUUAGGAUGUCUUCUUGCCACGUGGUUAUUUUAUGUAGCUUUUUAAUAUACUCAAGUUGACAUAAUUUUCAUUAAAGCACAUGGGAGCUGAAUUGAGAAGUUUGCUCAAUUGUGCUUAAAUAAACAAAUUAGGCUGUGUGCAAUGGCGCACGCCUGUGAUACCAACACUUUGAGAAGCCAAAGCAGGCAGUUCGCUUGAGCCCAGGAGUUUGAGACCAGCCUGGGCAACAUGGGGAAACCCCAUCUCUACAAAAAAUACAAAAAAUUAGCCGGGCAUGGUGGCAUGUGCCUGUAGUCCCAGCUACCCAGGAGGCUGAGGUAGGAGGAUCACCUGAGCCCUGGAGGUUGAGGCUGCAGUGAGCUGUGAUUGCGCCACUGCACUCCAGACUGGGCUACAGAGUGAGACCUUGUUUCAAAACAAAACAAAACAAAACAAAAUUACAAUGUAAAGAGUUGUAUGAGGGCAACUUGCUGUUGCCUUUUUAGGGAAUUUCUGUUGUUUUCCAGAUUUAAGGCAGAAUGAAACAUAACUAGCCAGUUAUUGAAAAUUGAUUUAUUUAUGGAUUUUCAGAAUUUCCUUUGCCAUAUUUUCCCAUUUUAUGAUCUCCAGCAUUGUUUGCACAUUGUUUUCAUUACUGCACUUUGUUAUAAUUCAUCAUUUAUACCAUCCAUAUUCUUUCUUUUCUUACAGAUUGUGAUAUCUUUAGUCUGAAUUUUUAACUGGAAUCAGAACUGGAUGUUGGGGUCACUCUUUGUUUUAUUGUACCUCGUGAUUACCUAAUUCAAAAUUGCCCCCCAAAAAGUCAGAUUAGUUAAUAUAAUUUUUUAAUGUUAAAGAUGUAUCAUGGUAAAAAAUUUACUCCAGCAGCCAUGUUGAACAAUGUAUUUAAAAAUUGUAAACUCUUGAAAUACUGUAUUUAUCUGCUAUUGCAAUAUAAAGUCCUUUGACUUAGUCCUGGUAACUGUACAGUAAUUUGGUUUACUAAUGAAAGUUGUGAAUAAAACUGUGAAACUAGAAGGGAGAUUUUCUGGACUUUAAUAGAAAAAUGUGAUUUUAAGAUUGCUUUUUCUUUUGUUUUAGCGUAAUUUUUCCCUUUAUAUUCCCCUCAUCAAUGUAAAUAAACACACACACACACACACACACACAUACACACACACACACACAUCUUUCACCACAAUGGUAAUGCUUCUGUAAAUGCCUCUAUUUGUCCAGUUGGCUGAAAAUGUUGUAAUCUUUAUUAGACAAAUAUAUAUAUAUAUUUAAAUAUUGGCUUUUUCCAGUGAGCUAUUAUGUUUAGUGUACAGUGAAAAGUUUUAAUAUUAUAGGUUAAAAAUUUCUUAAUCGUUCUUUUCUAUUCGCUUGCCAAGGGUGAAUGAAAGAACAUGGCUGCUUCUCCCAGACUGACUGACCUUGGCAUCCACAUAAAGCAUCAUUGUUUUCAAAAAUGAAGGGUGCUUAAUUGUUCCCUUUUUUCUAUAUUCUGUAGGUCUCAUAACAACAAACUGCAGUCUACAGCUUCUUAAAGUUCAGCGUGUUAACCUAACAUAAAACACAGCAAGAAUCUGGUUGUCUGAACUAUUUUAAAUUAAGGAGCCAGAUGUUUUUAGUCAGGCUAUCCUGACAAGACUUGACCUAAACUUCGUUUUUAUUGGUCAUAACAGUCCAAUUAUAUUCUUGGCCAAUUUUGUCCAACGGACAAGAAAAAAGCAAAGUCAACGACACCAUUAUCUUGUCAAGAUCAAAUGGUUUUACUAUUGUGGCAGAAGCGAGAAAACUUUGUUUAUUGAAAAAAAAGAAAAAGCAAGAAAAAAGAUACUAUGGGGUCAAGUGUAACUCCAUGGAAAUGCCACGUCUGCUCUUCAGUGAAGAAGCUGGUUUAGAGUCUCACAGAAAACUUUUGACUGUAUUUAUUUAUUGUUGCAAAAAAGACGCUUUUUUAUUGCUGCCCUCAUUUGUCAGCUAAUUAUUUUUUCUUAUAAAAUCCAGCCCCGGUUACAUAUAAUCAUCUGUAUCUUAUCAUGAUUCCUGUAGGUAAAAGUACAAGACGACCUCUAGAUGUCUUUUCUUUCUAUGAAAGGAGCUGCUAUGUACACAUGUGCACACACACACAACUGGGAAUCAACAAUGAGUUUAUUGUUCAUGGUAGAUUAAAAUUAAGCUUGCAUAAAGGUUGGGCUAAGUGGUCCUGGACUACAGACUCUGUUGCCUUGAAUAUAACAGUACAAUUUGUCAAUUACUCCGCACCAGGCUAAAAUGAGUAAAAUCUAUUUGAAGGUAUCUUGUUUGUAAACAUUUGUCAGAUUCUAAUUUUUUUCUUUUGUAUUAAAAUUCAACUAUGGAUGUAUAUGAAACAAAAUAAAUGGAGAUAAUUUUUCUCCCACAGACA